UAAAGCACCGAACAACAGCAACACACGACGGCCGCGAACACACCGAGCUCCGCCGGACCUUCACCGGGAGAUCAGCGGGAGGAGAGAGGAGGCGGGCGCGGAUCGGUAGACCGGGAGCCCGCCUGUCUGUCCGCCUGCAGACGGUGAGACAAAGCGGAAUGAAGCCGCUGCCAGCGCCGCUAUAAACGGUCCAAACACUGAGUCAUGGUGCCGAGCACCGCCGAGCCUCCACACCGUGUUCACCUCUCAGUGUAACGGGUCCAACCGAGCACGAUCCGGACCGGACACACCGAGCCGUGAAGGUCCAGAUGUUGGCCUGUGAUGAUGCUCCAUGACAGACAGCACUCAGACCUGACAGCCUGAACCCAGGGCAGCACUGACCCACAGGAGACAGGAAACACAUGCUGGGACAGACACAAGAGACAAACAGGGACAACCAGAGGACAACUAGAGACAACUAGCGACAACUAGAGACAACUAGAGACAACCAGGGACAACCAGAGGACAACUAGAGACAACCAGAGACAACCAGAGACAACUAGAGACAACCAGGGACAACUAGAGACAACUAGAGACAACUAGAGACAACUAGAGACAACCAGGGACAACUAGAGACAAACAGGGACAACCAGAGGACAACUAGAGACAACUAGAGACAACCAGGGACAACCAGAGGACAACUAGAGACAACCAGGGACAACCAGAGGACAACCAGAGACAACCAGAGACAACCAGAGGACAACUAGAGACAACCAGGGACAACCAGAGGACAACUAGAGACAACCAGGGACAACCAGAGGACAACUAGAGACAACCAGAGGACAACCAGAGGACAACUAGAGACAACUAGAGACAACCAGGGACAACCAGAGACAACCAGAGACAGCCAGGAACAACCAGAGGACAACUAGAGACAACCAGAGGACAACCAGAGACAACUAGAGUACAACCAGAGACAACUAGAGUACAACUAGAGACAACCAGAGGACAACUAGAGACAAACAGGGACAACUAGAGACAACUAGGGGACAACUAGAGACAACCAGAGACAAACAGGGACAACCAGAGACAACCAGAGGACAACUAGAGACAACCAGGGACAACUAGAGACAACCAGGGGACAACCAGAGGACAAACAGGGACAACUAGAGACAACCAGAGACAACCAGAGGACAACUAGAGACAACUAGAGACCAACCAGAGGACAACCAGAGACAAACAGGGACAACCAGAGGACAACUAGAGACAACCAGAGGACAACCAGAGACAACCAAAGGACAACUAGAGACAACCAAAGGACAACCAGAGACAAACAGGGACAACCAGAGGACAAACAGAGACAACUAGAGGACAACAAGAGACAAACGGGGACAACCAGAGGACAACUAGAGACAAGAGACAACAAGAGACAAACAGGGACAUAUAGAGACAACCAGGGACAUAUAGAGACAUUCAGAGACAACAAGAGGACAACGAGAGGACAACUAGAGACAACAAGAGACAUUCAGAGACAUCAGGGACAAUAAGACCAGUGACAGCAACGAGUCAACAAAGUCCAGAGACUUGAAGUCCAGGAAGUCCGGAGACACCAAGAAGACCUUUAGAGACAAACAAUUUGAGUUUGGAUGUAACAAGGCCUGGGAGGACGACAUGAUGUCCCUGAGGUGGACCCGGCUCCCUGUCCUGUCUGUCCUGGUCCAGGUCCUGGUCCUGGUCGUGUCCCGCUCUGUGUCGGCGGCCCGUGCUGACAGAAACAUGGUGUCUGAGGAGUACGUGGGUGCCACGGUGAACGCCACGGUGCUGGACGGACGAGGAAACACUGUCCAUGUGAUGAGCAGCGACGAGGGGACGUACGGACAGAACUCACCCAAGAUUGACACCCGCGGCGUGGUCAUCGCUCCGGCGCCGCAUCACGGAGUGGUGGACCGGCAGGGCUGCGACCCCGCCACUCGCUUCGUGGUCCCUCCUCGGACAGGCCACUGGGUGGCGCUGCUGCAGAGAGGAAACUGCACGUUCAAAGAAAAGAUCCUGAAGGCCGCCGCCCACAACGCCACAGCGGUGCUCAUCUACAACAACUCCACCGAGAAGACGGUCAAGAUGGGACACGAAGGAACCGGUGAGACGGUUGCGGUGAUGAUCACAGAGGCGUAUGGUAAAGAGAUCCUGGCUCACCUGGAGAGGAACCUGACUGUGCAGGUGUCGGUGGUCGUGGGUCAACGUGGAGCCACAAAGAACAUCAACCGAGGCUCGCUGGUGUUCGUCUCCAUCUCCUUCAUCGUCCUCAUGAUCAUCUCAUCCGCCUGGCUCAUCUUCUACUUCAUCCAGAAGAUCCGCUACACCAGCGCCCGCGACCGCAGCCAGGUACAGGCUAACAUACUGCUAACAUGCAAGCUAACAGGCUAACAUAUGGUUAACACAGCUAACAGGCUAACAUAUGGUUAACACGGCUAACAGGCUAACAUAUGGUUAACACGGCUAACAGGCUAACAUAUGGUUAACACAGCUAACAGGCUAACAUAUGGUUAACACAGCUAACAGGCUAACAUACAUGCUAAGUCACGUUCCUUAUUCCUCCCCUCCUCUUUCUCCUCUCCU